UAUGCAUUUAUUCAUACAACGACUGAAUUUAAAUAUCUGGAUAAAAUGAGAUGUUUUCGAAAACGCUCAGCAUUACCAGUCCUUGGGGUUCUAAUCUUUUGCCUGCUGUUCAUGAACUUGUACAUUGAGGAUGAAUAUGUUGUGGAAGAAGAUAAAAGACUUAGAUAUGUGUCUACUCACCCAUUAAACUCAGAUUCAUAUGGCAAUACAGUCAGGGAGUUCUCUAACUUCUCGACAUCCAUAAAUGUUACCUAUCAGAUAUUAGCUGGCAUACCAAUAGCAAGAAAACGAUUUCUAACAAUUGGCCUAUCAUCUGUGAAAAGGAAAAAAGGAAAUUAUUUGCUUGAAACUAUUAAGUCUGUAUUUGAACAGUCAAGCUAUGAAGAACUGAAGGAGAUAGCUGUAGUUGUUCAUUUAGCAGAUUUUGACCUAGCCUGGUGUGAAAGCAUUGUACAAGAUAUAUCAAGAAAAUUCUCACAUCAUAUUAUUGCAGGAAGACUGGCAAUUAUUCAUACUCCUGUACAGUACUAUCCUGUAUUAGAAGGCUUGAAAAGAAAUUAUAAUGACCCUGAUGCCCGGGUGAAAUUUAGAUCUAAACAAAAUGUUGACUAUGCUUUCCUACUAAAUUUUUGUGCUAAUCUGUCAGAUUAUUAUUUAAUGCUUGAAGAUGAUGUUAGAUGUGCCAAGAAUUUCUUGACAACAAUUAAAAAGGUGAUAAAUUCCAGGAAAGGAUCAAAUUGGGUAACCUUGGAGUUUUCAAAACUAGGAUAUAUCGGUAAAUUAUAUAAUACACAUGAUCUACCACGACUGGCUCAUUUUCUACUUAUGUUCUACCAGGAAAUGCCUUGUGAUUGGCUGCUGAUUCAUUUUAGAGGCCUGUUAGCCCAAAAAGAAGCAAUUCGAUUUAAGCCAUCUAUUUUUCAGCAUAUGGGAUAUUAUUCUUCCUACAAAGGUGCUGAGAACAAACUGAAAGAUGAUGACUUUGAAGAAGAUUCACUUGAUAUACCUGAUAACCCAUCGGCAAUUCUCAGCACAAAUAUGAACACAUUUGAAAAUUAUGAGGUUAAUAGGGCUUAUAGUAGUGCUGAAGAAUAUUUCUGGGCCAAGCCUCCGUCUAGUGGAGAUUUUUAUCACAUUGUCUUUGAGAAACCUAUAAAAAUAAGCAAAAUCAAAGUCAGCACAGGAACAGAAGAUCGCCAAAAUGAUGUUCUACACCAUGGUACCCUAGAGGUUGGAGAAAGAUUGGUUGGGACUAAGAAGAACAAAAAAUGUACAACUUAUCUUAGGUUAGGUGAUUUCAUAAAUGGGAACUUUGAAAUGGACAAUAUAGAGCGCAAAGUUCUUUUUAAUAUUGACUGCAUUCGAAUUUUAGUGACUAAGAAUCAAAAUGAAUGGCUAAUUAUUAAAAGCAUAAGUGUCUGGACUACUGAGACACUGAGCCAAUGA